AUGUUCUCCGUCCGAAGUGCGGCCAUAGCAGCAGUUACAUUAUGGGUUUUCAUGCUAUUUUACCUGUCAGCUCAACUUUUCAGCCUGCAAGGAAAAGCACGAUACGAAGAAGCAGCAGUUAGUGGACAAUUGGAGGAAGCCUUGCAAGAUCUCCGACAGCUCAGAGCUCAAUAUGAAAACCUUCGUGAGCUGAUCAAAGCAGAGAGAAAAGAACGAGCCGAACUGGAUCGCAACCUGGUCAGGAUGGCCAAGUAUGACACAUUUUUUCCAUAUUUUACUCGUACAAAAUCUGACAUCGUCAGCUUUUUGAGAAGCUUUCAUAGGAUUUGUUUUUAUCAAAAAUACAACAUUUCCAACAAUUACUAGUA